ACGAAGGUCAUGGACUUCUCCGCCACCAGUGUGAGAGUUAGGAUUUUGAGGGCCAACAUCACUCAACAACCCUCAGAACCUAACAAUGAAGAACCCGAACUGAGAAAGGAGGGCACGGCACCGAGCGGCGUCAAUACGGAGGAGAAGGAGGGUAUGGACGUCGUCGACGGGGGCGAGCUCUCCGAGUAACAGUCCGGGGACAACAACACUACACACAACUAUCACUAUGAACACACAAAGAACACUACACAAGCACCUACACACAAACACACACACAAACAUAUGCCAAGUAAACCUCCAACACUGCAAGGACGCAAUGUCUGAGCUAGGACAAUAUGUUAGGAGGGCCAAAGUUGAAAUAGCACUGCUGCAAGAACCUUAUGCAUGGAGGAACCGGGUGGCAGGCCUGGGACAUCUGGGGGGAGCUCUGUACUAUGAGGGAAAUGAGACCUUGUCGUGGUGGAGACCUACUUCAUCAAUGACGAAGGGAAGAGAUGCAAGGUGGCGCUGGCGUCCUGCUAUCAGCCGGGCGACGCAGAGACACCUACAAAGGAAUUGGAAGAGACGGUUCUGAGGUAUAGAGG